AGAGCAGGUGCUCAACUUAAGCAUACGGCCAGAAGAACCUUCGUUUAGUCUAGAACCUUCGUUUAGUCUAGAACCUUCGUUUCUCUCUUCUAUAGUUUAUCGCAAAAGAAGAGUAGUAGUAGGAGAAAAAUGUUCAAGAAGGCAGUGGACGCCAAGUCUCACCAGCGACUUUCCGGCGCCGACCGUAAGAAGAUCCGUCGCACUAUCAGAGACCGUUUCCCUAAUUCCACUGAUGCCUUUCUCGACCUUUUACUUCCUCCCAAGGCGGAGUUAAAUGUUUCGAAAUAUCCAAAUCGAGUACUCGUAUAUGGUUUGGAGGGUGAUUGCCCAAUGUUUUUUGACGUAGAUGGGCGAGGUCGUGAUAUAUUCCCUACAGUUUAUGCUCUGUGGAAAGUCCCAGAACUUUUGCCUGCUUUUGUGCUGAAAGGGGGUGAAGUUUCUCAUUUUAUUCUCGGAGGGGCAGAUUUAAUGUUCCCCGGCAUCAGUAUACCUCCUGAAGGGUUUCCAUCAUUUUCUGCUGGGGAGCCAUGGGCAGUAAAGGUUCCUGGAAACCCUGCCGCAAUAGCUGUGGGAACAACUACCAUGAGUAGCACAGAGGCUAUAAAAGCUGGUCUACGUGGAAAGGCUUUAAAAAUAUGUCAUUACUAUCGAGACACCCUUUGGGAAGCCGCUGAAAAUUGUCAUGUACCAAAUGCUGGUUUUCUAGAAGACGUCGUGUUUGAAGAUCCUGCUCUAUCAUUGAGUAGUAGGGCAUCUGAUUCAAGUGAAGUUGAUCCGUCAGUUGAGCCAGGAAAUGUGACUAACAAUGAAGACACCGGAGAAGUGAUUGAUCCUGAUGUUACUUCAUCAGGUGUUGGUCAUCCUUGUACCACACAGAGUGAUGGAUCAGAUGAAGUCAGUGUGCAGCUUAUCAAUGAUCUAGGCGAGUUGAAGAUUGCAGAAACUCCUGUAAAUGAAUCAAAUAAUGAGGGACAACAUCCCUUGUCUGUUGAAGAGGUAGAUGCACUCUUGGACAAGUGCCUUCUUCAAGCAUUACAUACGACAAUUAAGGAAAAAGAUCUGCCCAUCCCUGGAAGUACAUUAUGGUCAAAUCACGUGCUACCUUGCAGGCCUCCAGGCAUAACACUCGACAUAAAGAAGUCAUCUCACAAGAAAUUAUCCAAGUGGCUACAGGCUAAAGCCUCUGGCGGAUUGAUCUCACUGAAAGAAGAUAAGCAUAAGAAAGAGGUGAUUCUUGUUUCUGUUAAUCAAAAGCAUCCAGACUACUUGUCCUUCAAGCCAGAAAAGAAAAAAGUGGACGACACUGGGCCCUCAAUAAAUCAUGCUUCUAAUGAAGAACAGCUGCAGAAGACACUGGAAGUUUCUGAAAUUUAUAAACCAAGCGUGCAUGUAAAUCCUAUUUUUGCUUCUGUUGGUGCUGACACCAGAAGACUUUUCACUGCAUCUGAAGCCUCUGAAAUAGUGUUCCAGUACGUUGAGAAAGAAAAUCUUGUCAAGCCAUCAAAUAAGUCCAUUGUGACGUUGGAUGCAAUUCUAUGUGAUGCUUUAUUUAAGGGAGCCAUAAAAAAGGGAACGACUUAUCCAACAGAAAUUCAUAAGAAGGAUUUGGGACAAACUUUCAUAGGUAGGAUGCAAGCCCAUCAUUGCGUGACUCGAGGUAACGAUACAGCUGUUCGCAAAGGUGCCUUGAAACCCAUCCAGAUAAUGACAGAACGGAGGCAAGGAAACAAAAAAAUGACUAAACUUUCUGGAAUUGAGUCAUUUCUGUUGGAUGCAGAGGCUUUGGCUUCAGAGUUGCAGAAGAAGUUUGCCUGUAGCACUACUGUGGCAGAACUUCCAGGUAAGAAAGGACAGGAAGUUUUGGUUCAAGGAGGUGUUAUUGAUGAUCUUGCAAGAUAUCUUGUUGAGCAGUAUGGUGUCCCAAAAAGAUAUAUUGAAGUGCUUGAUAAAACAAAGAGGUAAGAAAGUUGGGAACUUACAUUUUGGCCCAUAAAAUGUGGAGAGCUGUAAUGCUUGAUGAUUAUCCUUUUGGACUAGCCCUGUUGGUGGAUGGAACCUUAAAAAGAGAAGUUGAAUCGAAUUAUCUCCUUGCCUUGCACCCGAUAACAUGUUAAAUAUUUCUUUUUUCAAGCUUUCAGAUACGAUUGCAGGGAGAUUGUGAAAUACCUAUUGUUUUAUUUGUAGCUAGACAUGUUACCAGCAGCCUGUAGCUUGUAUAUAUUUUGUUUGAUUUUUUAUCGGUCUUCGUAACUACUGGAGCAAAAUUAUACUUGAUAAAGCAUAUGCAAUGAGAGAAAUAAGGAUUAGUUAUUCAUGAGAAUUAAAUUCAUUUUUGAUUGUUCUGGUUA